AUGUUGGCUCGCACGCUGCGAUUUGCAGCGACACGUAGAGCAGGGACAAGCCUGCCUUGUCGUCGUCACCUCGUUCGACAUGCUUCCACCUCGUCCUCGAGCAAAGCAUCUUCCGAGUUCUUUGCAUCCUCCGCAAGUCUUCAGAACAACAGCAGCAUGACGCUCAUCUCGGCAGCAGCUGCUCUGGUCGGAGGCGCGGCCCUCUACGCGGCUCUUGCUCCCAAAUCAUCUGCCGCGCCGGUGCAAUGCGAAGCUGCCAAGCCAACUCCUGCCUCGGCCGUCAAAGGCGGCAACCAGUCGGACUUGCCAGAGAUCUCGCACCUCGAUCCCAAGAUCCUGACCGACACCUCGGCACCCAUGCGCAAGAGGAUGGAAACAUACAUCAAGCUGCUCCAGUACAAUAUCGUAUCCGCUCUCUCGCAGGAGGAGCCCACGUCUCGCUUCCUCAUCGACAGCUGGCUGCGCAAGGAAGGUGGAGAGGGCAUCUCGUGUGUUCUUCAAGACGGCUCGACCUUCGAGAAGGCCGGUGUCAACAUUUCGGUUGUGCACGGCAUGCUUCCUCCUGCAGCGGUGAGACAAAUGAGUGCCGACCAUGCCGGGCUCAUGGACAAGACAGGGUACAAGCUUGAGGGCAAGGAUGCCGAUGUCAAGGGUCUGCCCUUCUACGCCGCUGGCUUGAGUCUGGUUGUGCACCCCAAGAAUCCGUUUGCGCCUACGGUGCACUUCAACUACCGCUACUUUGAGCUGACGCACCCGGAGAAGCUGGCGGACGGCUCGCCGAAUCCGCGACACCCGAGCAACCGCAAGGACGGACAGCAAGAUAACGAGCCGAUCGCAUGGUGGUUCGGCGGAGGAACCGAUCUGACGCCCAUCUACCUGUUCGACGAGGAUGCGAAGCACUUCCACGAGACUCUCAAGGCGGCAGCGGACAAGCACGACGCUUCGUUUUACCCGACGUGGAAAAAGUGGUGCGACAAGUACUUCUUGAUCCCACACCGUGGCGAAGCGCGUGGUAUAGGAGGCAUCUUCUUUGACGACCUCACGCUGCCGCAGUGGGCGUCCAACGCCACGAAGGCUUACAUCCCCCUUUCCGACGGCACAAAGCCAACCCCGACGCAACCCUUGGUCACCUCGAUCUCGUCGAGCCGCCAACACUCCCAGGACACGCUCUUCGCCACGGUGCGUUCGCUCGGUGACGCGUUCCUUCCCGCCUACCUCCCGCUCGUCCAAAAGCGUAAGUACACGCCAUUUACGGAAGCGCACGAGAGAUGGCAGCAGAUUCGAAGGGGCAGGUAUGUCGAGUUUAACCUGGUGUACGAUCGCGGUACCAAGUUUGGACUGCAGACCCCUGGAGCAAGAAUUGAGAGCAUUCUGAUGAGCUUGCCGCUCAAGGCGAGGUGGGAGUACAUGGAGCGUUUCAGUGGCGGCGGGGCGCAAGGAAGGGAUGGUAGGGCUACAAAGAAGAGUGAUGCGCAACAAGGUGGUGAGGGGGAGGAGGAGGAAGGGGCAAUGGAGAAACAUACUCAGGCCGCGCUGAGGCAGCCGAGAGAAUGGGCUUGA